AGAGGGAACUUUAUCAUUUGAUCAUAACAGAUAGAAUCGACGUUGGAAAAUCGAGAAAACAAAACAAGAACCACAUGUUCAGAUUUUUUUUCAUUACGAGAAGAAAGAAGCCGCAAACUCUUCUGUCUCUUUCUCUCUUCCACUAUUCCUGCAAUUAAAUUCUCUCAUUUUCCAGGAAAUAUCUAGAAACCCACCAAGAAGAAGCUUCGAUCCAGAAGAUGGCUUCACUUACUUCAAUCGCCACGCCUUAUCGUAGCUCCAGUUAUCCUUCUUCGUCGCAGGCUUUGCGACUGAAAAUCUCCGGAAACACUCUGUUCUCUGCCGGAGUUAGAUCCCCUGCGACUUCAUCAUCGCUUCUGACGAUUCGAAACGCUUCAACGAAACCUGCGAAACCAGCAGCUGAAGUCGAUUGGAGACAGAAGAGAGAGCUUCUAUUGGAGAAAAGGGUGAGAAGUGUGGACGUGAAGGAAGCUCUACGGUUACAGAAAGAGAACAACUUUGUGAUUCUUGAUGUUAGACCAGAGGCAGAGUACAAGGAGGUGAGUAAUUUGCUCUCUGAUGUGUGUUCCCUUGUACAUUAUUGGCAAAUUCAUGUGUUUUGCUGUUUGGUUCUGAAGGGUCAUCCUCCGGGAGCUAUCAAUGUGGAGAUGUACAGACUAAUAAGGGAAUGGACGCCAUGGGACAUAGCUCGCCGUCUUGGAUUUGCAUUCUUCGGAAUCUUCUCUGGCACGGAAGAGAAUCCCGAGUUUGUUCAAACUGUGGAAGCUAAACUUGACAAAGAGGCAAAGAUAAUAGUAGCGUGUUCAUCAGCAGGCACAAUGAAGCCGACCCAGAAUCUCCCUGAAGGCCAACAAUCUAGGUCUCUAAUAGCUGCGUAUGUUCUGGUCCUGAACGGCUAUAAGAACGUAUUUCACCUUGAAGGUGGAAUCUACACAUGGAGCAAGGAAGGCCUUCCUGUUGAAACUGAAGAAGACUAACGAAAUUGUUCACUCUAGAGUUUAUCCAGUUUUGUAUAUCUGUCGAAUUCAGGUAGUUGCAUUUAGAGAUUUGGCUCUUCAGUGUGCGUUUUAAAGUUUGUAAAACUUCAGACUUUACCAUGAAA